AUGGCUAAGUACACCGAAGAACAAUUGCUCCAAAUCAAGGACGAAACAACUUAUGUUCCUCAACCAACUAUUUUGGCUGCUUUCAAUGAAUUAAUUGACCAAGUUAAAGAACACGCUCGCGAACAACAACAAGCUGAGCACGCUAGAAAAUGGCACAACGGAGAUACCUACAUUGAUGAUCGUGGAAAUGAAAGAACUUAUCACCAUAUGAAUAGACGUAGAGGCUCAAGAUCGGGACAACAAAAGCCAUAUUUGAAAAAGAAGAAUGAAGUGAUCAAGGAUGAAGAUGGAUGGGAGACAGCAGUGCCAGUAACUGGUGCUCACAACAACCACAGGAGUGGAAGCUUUGGUGGAGCUGAUAAUGAUGCUAAUGAUGAUAGAAACAAAUUUAGAGAAACAAUUGGGGUUAGAGCAAAACCAAAUAAUAAGAACUUGGGUUCUUCCAAAGCGGUGGAUCCUAGAGAAAUUGCUAGUGAUAAACAAACUAAAACAUUUAAUGCUUUUGAAGCAUUGGAGGGAGAUAAUGACGAUGACGAUGAAUGA